AUGGUCGUAAAUUGGAACAGUCGUCCUCUGAGCUGAGUUUUCGGUCGCCCUUCAACACAGAAAGAGUGCUCCUCUCGGCCAAAACAGACACCAACCCAGCGUUAAACCAUGGCAGGGGUACUUGCACGGAAAGCUAUUGACCACCUGAAGAGCAAAGAGUUCAGGGAUUAUUUGACGAGGUAUCAUUUCUGGGGUCCUGUAGCAAACUGGGGUCUUCCUAUAGCAGCCAUUUCAGAUAUGAAGAAGAGCCCUGAUAUUAUCAGUGGCAGGAUGACCUUCGCUCUGUGCUGCUACUCACUGCUCUUCAUGAGGUUUGCCUAUAAAGUGCAGCCACGCAACUGGCUACUGUUUGCCUGCCAUUUGACCAAUGAGUCAGCACAGCUUAUCCAGGCCAGUCGUCUCAUCAAAUUCAAUAUGGAGAAGAAGACUGGAUCUUAGUGGCAGAGUGAAGCAGCUGCAGAACGUUCACUGCAGAGUGACACCACAAAGCUGCUUCAACAGCCAACUAAACCUGGACAACAAAACUAAUGCAUCUAAACCUCUUGUCUAAUCACCAAAACUGUGGCACUUCCACCAUUUUUAAACUCAUGUUACCACAAUUAAUCCUCCUCAUCAAGUUUUAGUCACUUUUACUCACAGACAGAAAAAAAGAUGCUUUUCUUCAAGAAUAAAGGUCAACUGCUGUAAAAAAAAAAUUUUUUUAAAGAUAUUUGCAAUAUUCAUAACACAUUGACACACACAAAUACACCUCCUGUGAAUGUACUCAGCUAACCAGCCUGACAGUUAGCUGCCUAUCACAUUGGCUGUUGCACACUCUCACACUAGGCUAAAGCAAUCAUUAUUCAACAAACAUCCCAUUUUAGAUCAUCAGAAUUAUUAUUUUUUUAACUUUAGGAAUGGCUUGGUAAUUGAAAUAUUGAUGAUAGUUCAUGGAGAACUUCACCUGAGGUCAGUAUGUGCAAAUAUGUCCACAUAAGGCAGAUUAUCACUUGCGAAACAAAUGGACUUUCAUUCUUUAACCUUUACUUAAACACAGAGGACACACGGAGAGCUAAGCUUUUUGUUGUGCUGUGGAGCAAGAUUUCAUGCUGUACAAUGAAAACAGAGUUUAUAUGAUGAUCUGAUUUGGCAUGGUUUAAUGAGAGUAUAAUAAAUAAGACAAGCUGUUUCUGUCUGUGUUGACCAAACAUGUACAGUGUGUUGUUGUCAUGUGUCAUUCUCAUUAAUUUAUUGUCAUGUAUAAUUCAUAUUAUUUUUCCCUAAUUAAUUAUUUGAUUUUCUGGGUUUGUUCAAAUAAACUGGCUAUAACCAACUUGAACAGAA